AGUCUUCCUCAGUAGUCCGCGGAUAACUACCGUAAGGGUCACAACCAGAAUGGCUCCAGAGAUUGCUAAUACUAAGAAAAGUUCAACAGAAUCGAUCGUGAGAUACACGGAGAUUCUGUUCAAUACCAUCAACCAUAUGCUGAUUGCGUAUGUGUCUAUCUAUUUAUCGUACGUGUCCUACAUGAAUGGAUUCAAAAACCUUUUCACUUGGCACAUCUUUCUACCGGCUGUUGGCUACCAUUUCUUCAUGGCGGAGUCUUUCCUAACGCUGUACUCGAAUAACUCGUGGACGAUGGAGAACACUCCGGAAAUGAAGCGCCGUCUACAUUGGAUCCUGCAGGUGAUUGGAUGUCUGGCGAUCUUCGUUGGCACCGGUUUGGAAAUCUACGACAAAGAGGAAAAAAAUCGAUCACAUUUCAAAUCUCCCCACGCGAUAACUGGUUUGGUUUCGAUCGUGUUUAUCGUCUUAUCGAUGCUCAAUGGAUGGGCAGCAAUGUACGCGAUGAAAAUCAGGCACAUCAUCAAACCCAUCUAUAUCAAGUUGAGUCAUUAUCUCUGUGGGAUUGUGGCAUUCGUCAUAGGCAUGACAUCUCUGGCACUCGAAUACAGCCCACGACGUAUGCUUUCGAAGGAAAAUGUGAACAUGUUGAUCUUGUUCACUUCGGUUGUGUCCGCAUUUACGGUGAUCGGUGCCGGGAAAACCAUGUUUGCUCAAUUCAAGGGAAUGUGUCGAAGAUAGGAAUACUCUGUGUAGUUUAUUAAAAUAAUUUAUGGUAAAAAUAAAAUAUAAUUAUUAUGAAAUUUCAACAGCAUAGGGUUUAAAUGCCAUUA